CAAAACUGUUGGCUGCUACCUGUCAAAAUGGCGGUUUGUUUGGUUACAGGUUUAAGAUGGUAAUAGGGCGUAGUCAAACAGAGCAUUUCGAUUAUGUAAUAAGAUGGCAGUUGAGAUAAGCAUCACAGAGGAGUUCAACAAGCUGUGUGCAGGCUUUGUACCGGAGAAGAAGAGGGUCAGUCUUGGAAAACCAGUUCAGAGCAGGUCGGAGAUAAGAAGACACUUGAAGAGAACGGUGUACACUGCUCUGUUUAAAUACCUGGACAACAAAGAAAGAAGCAGCCAUGAUUCUGGCAGAAAUCUACAGGAGGAGGUAAAGUCCGAGCUGGGCUUGACUGUGUGGGGCCUGCGCUGGGAACACCAGUAUGACGAGGCCAACACCCUUGAGGCACAUCUCAACACUGUACAUGGUAUAGUAGAGGAGACAGGAUCUGACACUCUGUUCCAUGUUCUGCGGGUCCUGCUUCUUCUGAAGGACACAGGGCCACAUAAUGCCAGGGACGUCCUCGGAUAUGGAAAACAAAACCUUCCUGUGGUUCCUAAAAGAUCUGAUGCCCCCUGGCUGCCCAAGGGUCCCCUGUGUUAUGGUGAUACCCACCUGAUAGAACCUGGGCGCUUCCACUACAUGCACUACCCAAGACAGCUGUUUGAAGCAGAGCCACUGGGGACAGUCAGUCAUAUUACUCAUGUAUGUGAGCAGUUACCAGGGACGGGUCUGGCCGGGGGCGUGUUUUUUAGUGUACAUGGUGCGUUGGGUGAUAAACAUGAACACAGUACAACCAUGUCAUUGUUUGGGGGUCUUGUGCAUGGGCGCGUAGACAGCCUCGAUGUGAGACUUGCCUUACCUGAACUCCCAGAUGAUCCUAGUAUGAUGGAAACCAGAAUUCCUCAGACAUUUUCAUCAUAUAGCUUGAACCAGUCGGACGAGGGUUUCAAGUCCCAGGAGGGAAGCAUGUCUGGCUCCACCCAAGAGGACGGGGCAGGCAGCGAUGUUUCCUUCGACUCCGCCUUCCAUGCCGACUACGAUACCAGCAUCUAUGACACCUGCCUCACAGAUGACAUCUCUAGAUGUUACACAUGGGAAUCCCUAGGACUAGGUCCAGGGCUGACCAUGAAGCCGUUCCUGCUGCAUGCAGGCCCACAGGUGUAUGACAGGUGGAUGAGGUACAUGGAUCAGGUGAUGAAGACAGCGUUCCCGACCAUGUGGAUCCCUGACAGGCACGAGAUACCACAGUCACAGCUCGUUAAUGAGCUUCUUAAUGUGCUCAUCGCGGUGCCUUCUGUAAACUUUAUGAUGGAUCUGACUGACCAGUGUUUCUUGCUACGUGAGGGCCUGCAUGUGACAGGCAUGUCAUCUGAGGGACUGGCGGGGCUCUGCGAAGAGUUCUUGAGCUGUGGCAUGCACUACCACCGUCUGUCCGUCUUCUCCCAACCUCUUCAGCUAGACUCCUUCUACACUGCUGGGCUCACAUUCCAGGCAUUCACAGAUGGUAUACAGCAGGUGUUGCAGUACUACCGCGGGGUUGUACUCUCCCUCGACCCAGCCAAGACUGUGCUCCAACUCAGGGUUGCCCUACAUAAACUCUUCAAUGAAAUGAGGUUUUUGGCAAGUCUGUGUCACUGCAUAGAUCCAGUUACAAAUAACACAAAGGAAAGAUUCCCAAAGGGUAUUGAGCUGUUGAGUUACCUGUACAAUGCAUCCAUGGAGGCUUCUUUCACUGAUCACUAUCCUCUCAUGUUAUCCCUGCUGAAACACGCCUGUACACCAUAUCUUAUCUUUGUCCAGGAAUGGGUGUUCCACGGGAUGUACAGGGAUGCCUACGGAGAGUUCCUUAUUCAGGUCAACGAUCACUACCUACAGUAUAAAGACAAGCACUACUGGACGUCAGGCUACACUCUGGCCACGGAGAGGAUUGAGGACAGUGUGCCCAUGUUUCUACGAGACCUUGCCACCGACAUCUUCAUCUGUGGGAAGUCCAUCAACCUGCUCAAGGCUUGCCACCGGGAGCAUUUUCUGUGUGAUAUUGAUGAUGUGCACAUCCCUGUCAUCCGACUGACAUUCUCUGAGAAGGAGUUGCGCAUCAUGAAGGACCAGACCAGCAUGUAUGCCAGUCGCAUGCAGCAGAUCGCCAGACAGAGCACACUCUCUAGGGCGGAGAGAAGGGAAAGAGUGGAACAGGCCAAGAGAGACUUAAUUACCAUUGCAAGGCAGACAACUGCCAGGGAACUCAAACAACUCGAAGACCAGCUAGCAAAGAAGCGAAAGGCUGUGACAGCUAAGAAGAAAAUAGAGCUGGAUUUCCUGAAACAACAAAUGGAAGGGGAUCUAAAGAGACGAGCUGAUGAGCAUGUGGCUAAGAAGCAGGCCGACCGUGACUAUAUGGAUGGUGUGGUGAACCGGGAAUUGGCCCUGGAUGAACAUGAACUGGAGCUGGAGAGACAGGCUAGGGAGGAGAUAAUAGCGCACUACAGUGUCCUGAGUGAAGAGGCAGCUCAUCGGGAACAGAAGGCCCUGUGGAGGGUACGGCGAGCGAGACUCGACAUUGUGCGGACUGCCUUUUUACAGCAGGAGGAAGAGGCACUGGCUGACGAGAUGGAGAAAUACAGGCAUGAUCCAUCAUCAGUGCCGACACAGGCGUUGCCUAUAGUUAGGUCAGCCAGCGCAACUCCCAUUUUGCCACAGUGGGUGGAGCAUGGUCUCCAUGGGGACACCGUCCAUGUGGGAGGCGGGGAGGAGGCAGAUGGGGAGCAGGCCCCAGAAAUAGAGGGCGGGAGUAGCACCCUUCCAACAUGGGCAAGGAAAGGACUGGAAAAGUAUGGAAUAAAAUCCCCAUCCCCUUCCAAGGAAGCCAAUGCUAGACCCCUUUCCCCUAGUCCAAGGAAGAAGACACCCACUCGAAGGAGCCUGAAUUCCUCGUUUCAUGUCAGUGAUGAGACAGAGGAGUCACUACAGAAACCAGCCAUACAGACUUUCCAACACAUGCAUGCUACAACAGAGACAUCUACAGAGGUAUCGAAGGCAUCUGUCCGUACAGUGGAGGACCGACACGCAUCCAGGGAGUCGGAGGCUGAGAGUGAGGCCCGUCCAGGCGUGAAGGCAGUCGGUAAUCAGCACAUCUCACUGCAGACCCAGGAGGACACUGCCCGGCCUCAUAUCAGAUCCUAUGAGGACAGACAUGCCAACAAGCGCUCAGAUGAACCAGAGCCGGACAUUGCACCCAAACUGAAGCUGGGAGUCAUGCAUUCCAGCACUGAGUCCAAACCCAUGGAGUGGAAGGUGAAGAAACAGAAUGUGUUUGGCCAUGUGUCCCAGAUCAGUGACAGCUAUGAAUUCAAAAUGCCAAAAUUAAAGAAAUCUACACAGUUUUCCGCUUCCAGAGAAUCUGAAUGGUCCACAGAUUUCUGUAUAAAACCGAAAAUUCGUAUAAACAAACUCCAGACAGCAAACACCCAGUCAGAGGAUGGCGAGACAGAGAGGAGGCGGGCAAUAAAGAUGAGUGACAGAAUGUCGGCCACGAAGGAGUCAGAGUAUAUUGACCAUGAGAAGAAGCGUGUACAGAUGUUUAAGGAAAGGAACGUCUUUGGCCAUGCUACUGACUCCACUGUGCAGAGACUGCUGUACGAGGGCAAGUUUGGACGGAGUUUGAACAAUGAGGAUGAAGAAGGUGGUAAUAUACGCAUAGUCCCGCCCUUGGAGGAGAUUGAGUGGCUGACCAGCGAGGUGGAGCCUUACCAGGACGACUUUACUUGUCUUGACAAGCCCAUUAAGGCCGACCUUCUGUCCAGCCUUCCUGGUGUCCAGUAUGGUAGAUACAGCAAUUACCCCGGUAACCAUGGCGACACAACGGGGUAUGAGUACCUGCCCCUAACUGCUGUCAUGCAGAGCUCAGUCAGAGCUGCACUUGAGGCUCAGGUAUUGCUGGUUAACCGUAGCUUGGUGGAGUAUUUCCUGGCAGACCUACGGAUUGAAGACCACUUCCUGGCGCUGCGGCGUUACCUGUGUAUGGCUGAUGGAGAUUUCUCUGAGAUACUUUGUGACCUUCUCAUGGAGAAGUUGGGAACAAACCCUCGCCCAAGAGAUCUGAUCAACCCCAUGUUCCUGAACAACUGUCUCAAUAAGGCUGUGCGUCUCUCUGUGAAUGCCGACGACAAGUACGCAGAUAACCUGAGUUUUCUGCACAAGUAUGUGCCCCGAGUGUUUGAACAGACUUCUCCUGAACUGUUCGACUGCAUACAGCUUCACUACGAGGUAGCAUGGCCAAUGAACAUAGUGAUUACAAAGAACAGCCUGCACAAGUACAGUCAGGUGUUUUCCUUCAUGCUACAACUCAAACGUGUUGUCUGGAUCCUUAAGGACGUCUGGCACAGGCUCAAGAGAGAUGCGUUAAUUCACCGCCUGGACCAGCUGUACGAGUUCCGGGAACUGCACUUAUUCAGACAGGAGAUGCAACUCUUUGUGAAAGUCAUGCAGGAGUACAUAUCUCACCAGAUAGUGGACGUAACAUGGCAGGAGUUUCAGACGGCCCUCGCCUCUGAGAUCCGCAGUCUUGAUGACCUCCACGAGGCUCACAACACUUACCUCAAUAACGCACUCUUCAGAUGCCUGUUGACAAAGAAUGCAGCAUCGCUGAUGAAGAUAAUCCAGGACACAUUCUGUCUCAUCCUGAAGUUCCACCGUCUGCUGGUGAUGGGCGGCUGGGAGUCUGGGCGGGAUGGGGUGCAGACCCACCAGAACUACGCCCAUCUCAAACACACAUACCGUUCCUUUCAUGAACGCUCUGUCUUCCUGUUUAAAGUUGUGAGCAAGCUAGCGGACCGUGGAUACGAGCCCCAUCUUCACGAUCUCUUGCUAAGACUCAACUUCAACCACUACUACGACAGAUAGCAUUACAGCUGGACAUUAGACUCCACUUCAACCACUACUACGACAGAUAGCAUUACAGCUGAACAUUAGACUCCACUUCAACCACUACUACGACAGAUAGCAUUACAGCUGGACAUUAGACUCCACUUCAACCACUACUACGACAAAUAGCAUUACAGCUGAACAUUAGACUCCACUUCAACCACUACUACGACAGAUAGCAUUACAGCUGAACAUUAGACUCCACUUCAACCACUACUACGACAGAUAGCAUUACAGCUGAACAUUAGACUCCACUUCAACCACUACUACGACAGAUAGCAUUACAGCUGAACAUUAGACUCCACUUCAACCACUACUACGACAGAUAGCAUUACAGCUGGACAUUAGACUCCACUUCAACCACUACUACGACAGAUAGCAUUACAGCUGGACAUUAGACUCCACUUCAACCACUACUACGACAGAUAGCAUUACAGCUGGACAUUAGACUCCACUUCAACCACUACUACAACAAAUAGCAUUACAGCUGAACAUCAGACUCCUCUUCAACCACUACAACGACAGAUAGCAUUACAGCUGAACAUCAGACUCCACUUCAACCACUACAACGACAGAUAGCAUUACAGCUGAACAUCAGACUCCACUUCAACCACUACUACAACAAAUAGCAUUACAGCUGAACAUCAGACUCCUCUUCAACCACUACAACGACAGAUAGCAUUACAGCUGAACAUCAGACUCCACUUCAACCCCUACUACGACAGAUAGCAUUACAGCUGAACAUCAGACUCCACUUCAACCACUACUAUGACAGAUAGCAUUACAGCUGAACAUUAAACUCCACUUCAACCACUACUACGACAGAUAGCAUUACAGCUGAACAUCAGACUCCACUUCAAACACUACUACGACAGAUAGCAUUACAGCUGAACAUUAGACACCACUACAACCACUACUACGACAGAUAGCAUUACAGCUGAACAUUAGACUCCUCUUCAAACACUACUACGACAGAUAGCAUUACAGCUGAACAUCAGACUCCACUUCAAACACUACUACGACAGAUAGCAUUACAGCUGAACAUCAGACUCCACUUCAACCACUACUACGACAGAUAGCAUUACAGCUGAACAUUAAGACUCCACUUCAACCACUACUACGAUAGAUAGCAUUACAGCUGAACAUUAAACUCCACUUCAACCACUACUACGACAGAUAGCAUUACAGCUGAACAUUAGACUCCACUUCAACCACUACAAUGACAGAUAGCAUUACAGCUGAACAUUAGACUCCACUUCAACCACUACUACGAUAGAUAGCAUUACAGCUGAACAUUAGACUCCACUUCAACCACUACUACGAUAAAUAGCAUUACAGCUGAACAUUAAACUCCACUUCAACCACUACUACGACAGAUAGCAUUACAGCUGAACAUUAGACUCCACUUCAACCACUACUACGACAGAUAGCAUUACAGCUGAACAUUAGACUCCACUUCAACCACUACUACGAUAAAUAGCAUUACAGCUGAACAUUGUUUGGGACAGAGAGACCCGAGUGUGAAGACAAUUAGAAAUAUUGAGAAUCUCUAUAUUAAGCCAUGUGAAUCUUCAAUAAGUGUGUAGUCUUGCCAAACACUGUAUUUUUGGAAGACUACUUCAAUGUAUAUAAAAUGCCAUAUUCUCUAAA